UACAUUGCAGAAAAAACCAGAGAGAACGCUACAACUUUACUUCGUUGGACAGUUUGUGUGCUGCAUUAGUGGAGCUCCCGAAUUGUUGCUGGGCCGAACCAUGAAUUCUCUGCAAAUUACUGUGCUUUUGUUCGCCAUCUCUUUUUGCAGCAAAGUGGCCUGCUUGGACCAUUCCUUAUCAGGAACCUCAAGCACUCCAAUGGCUGAAGCAACCUCUUCUCAACCCAUCCAUUGCAACACUACCGACUCAAGCAGUACUGAUAUUGGAUCCGGGAUUUCACCUGUUGAACUCGAUGGUAGUACUGACAUUGGAUCUGGGAUUUCACCUUUUGAACUCGAUGGUAGUACUGACAUUGGAUCCGGGAUUUCACCUGUUGAACUCGAUGGUAGUACUGACAUUGGAUCCGGGAUUUCACCUGUUGAACUCGAUGGUAGUACUGACAUUGGAUCCGGGAUUUCACCUGUUGAACUCGAUGGUAGUACUGACAUUGGAUCCGGGAUUUCACCUUUUGAACUCAGUGGUAUAACCAAUUCAUCGCAAGCCACCGGUUUAACACCAAUCCCAGCUACUCAAGAAAAUUAUUUCUUCUCAAGUGAUUAUGUCAAUUCAAUUGCACCAUCCUCUACUCGAUCUGAGACAACUACAACAGUUUCAGGAUUAUCGGUACCAUUUGACACUCUUUCCAUCUCUCUCACUCCAACACCCUUUGUCACAGGGACCACCGAGUCUCCAUAUUCAGAUGUAAGUGACACAACUCAAGUAAUUGAUCCCCCAACAUCAGAACCUCCAGCCAAGGGCGAUAGAUUGUGCUACAAGAAGCAUUAUUGGUCAAAUAUACCCACCACAUGUGAGGCUGGUCCUCAUGGCUGCUUUGAGAUUGAGAGGGAUCCAAAAGCCAAUAGAAAAAGGAUGGGGUGCCUUAACAAACCUUGCAAACCUCUCAAAACGACUAAAGCUAUUCGCCAGUGUUGCAACACCUCUCUGUGUAAUGAUUUGCACAAGCGACCGUCUCUCUUUGUUCCGGAUCCACCGACCCUAUCUCCUCUCAGCCCUGUUUUACAGCAAAGUGGCGGCUAUAUUAUAUGUGACAGUCCAACUCACCAAGAAGAAAGUUGCUAUUCUAUGUACGGAUGCUAUACACUUCGAGAUUAUAAUACUGGUUUGGUCCUGAAUCGGACGUGUAUUAGGAGACCUGACUUUAAGCCUUGUCUACAGCCUGUUACGAUAUAUGCUAAAUGCUGCUAUGAAUAUCAUUAUUGUAAUAGACGACCACCACCUGCUGAAGAAAUUCCUAACCCCACACCGACUAAUGCCAUAACUGAAGCAGCUCUAAACACUACCGCUCCCACAGAAACAAGAUCUGCUACUGAGCCAGCACCGAUGGCGAUAGCACCAUCGGAGACUGUCAUCAUCGUCAUUAUGGUGGUUUUGAUAAUCGUAGCUCUUGUCAUUUCUGCAUCUAUUUUGGCAUGUUUUGGUGUUUACGGAUAUCGCCAUUACAAACGGGAGAGGCCCGUACGACCAGCCCCCAUGCCCAGACCAUACUAUCCUCCACCCGUUGGUGCGGAUGAAUCUCAGACGGUUACAAUGCCGGUUGAAAUGAUCCGUUAGAACUGUACAAACUAUACACCAAUAACUAAAUCAUUUAUUUGGACACUCCUAUGUAUGUGGUGAACUUAACAUUAUUAUCCGUUUUGCUCCUAUAAAUUAUAUUUUCCUGUUUCAUCAGUUUUUUGCGUUUCAUCAGUUUUGCAUCAUCAGUUUUGCAUAA